GUUACUGACUGUUUGUAUCAUUUUAUUGAGAUUCAGUUUAACAAUUUCAACUGGAUUUAUACUACAAAUUAUUAAUGCAAUUCAUACUUCUUUCAUGUUAUUUACGUAAUUGGAUGAAUUAACUAUCGAGUUUCUUUUCUCUUUUAAGUAAAUAAAAUCAUUAACAACAUCAACAAGGUAUUUCGAUGGUCAAUAUUGAUAUGACCUGGCCAACAACAAUAGUUACUGUAUCUGGUGAAAAAACAGUAUUUGGUCAACGUAGUAGUAGUAUAACAGAAAAAUCAUAUCAUGACAAUAUACAAAAAACAAUCAAUUCAUCUAUUCAACAUGAUAUUGAAAACUUAAACUUAAAUCAUUUGAAUGAAGAUGAACGUCAAAAGGUUUUAUGUGUAGUAAAAAAAGACUUUGAAGUACGUGCUAAAGAACGAGAAAGAUUGAACCGAUUUCGUUCAAGUAUUUUAAGACGAGAUAGAGAAUUGGCUGUUAAAAGUUUAACAUCAACCACUAAAAGUGCAUCUUGUUUAUUAUGUGGACGUGCAUUUAUACCUUUGAUUAAUCCUAAACAUAUAUGUUUCAAUUGUCAACGUGAAAUUUGCCGAAAUUGUUCAGAAUCUAUGAAUAAAUACGAUGAAUUUUUAUGUAGAAUGUGUUUAAAAGAGAAAAAUUAUCGUGCAAUGACAUGUAAUUGGUUUUACGAGACAGUAAUUCAACGAUUCAGAGAAUUUGGAAGUACAACUGUUGCUAAAAGUUUAUUUGGAUCAAAGUACAAACAAGUUCAAAAUAUGGCUGAAGAAGAACUUUGGAAUCUUUUAUUUCGAUCUUCAUCAUCCAAAAGAAACUCUAUCGAAUCGAAAGAAUCAGACAAGUUUUAUUCAGCAGAUCAAGCUAGAGAAGCACAAAUUAAAAAAUUAAGAAAUCGAUUAGAAAAAUUAAUGGAAGAAACUUUAUCUGAAUUAAAUGCUGUUGAAAAAAAUGAUUCAUUAUCACCAAGACAAAUCACUUGGCAACAUGAAAGUGUGGGCAUGAAGUUUAAAAAGAACGCCUGUCGUGAAAUGAGAAAUUUCAUUCAAAUUCUCUACAUAACAACUGAAAAGGAACGAAUGAGUCAAGGUAUGAACACUAAGAAUAUUACUCCAUACGUAAUGGAUACUUUAGAAAGUGAAAUUGGUCGAAUAGUUGGAUAUAGUGUGAAGGGUGUUACAGAUACAAACAGUUUGGCUGGUGAAGAUGAUAAAGAAUCUGUUACAAUGGUUGAUCGUGAUGGUCUAGAAGGACGAUUGGCUGAAAUUCUUUUCAAUAAACUCUAUUCCGACAUUAAUUCUACGAAACAAGAGACUGUUAAAAAAUUUUCAUUUCAAACAUCCAAUCCCAUAGUAACUAAUACAAAUUUCAAUAAAUCAUCUUUUAAUUUCAUGAAUCAACCAAAUCAAAAAGAUGAACUCAAUGUAACAGAAGGUUUUCCAAUUCGAAUGGAAUAUUCUUUACCAUAUAAUGAACAAUGCGAACUUCAAUGGUAUAAAUUAAACAAUAAAAAUCAACGAGUCCCAGUCAAACUUGAUUUUCGUAUUGAACAUGUUAUCACUGGUGCAAUUAAUAUGUCAUUCAAACAACAUCAACAAUUAAAUCAUCAAUAUCCAAAACAUCCAUUUGUUUUGUCAAAUUCAGGCUUGAUUACAAGUGAAACAAAACAAAAGUUGAAUCAAUGGAAAUGUAAAUUAUUAGAAUCUGAAUCAAAUACUAAUGUCGAUAAUAAUAAUAAUAAUAAUAAUAAUAAUAAUAAUAAUAAUAAUAAUAAUAAUAAUAAUAAUAAUAAUAAUAGUAAUAAUAAUAAUAGUGGUAAUGAAAUCAUCUACCUACAACAUCAUCUCAUCAUAUGGGCAAGUAAACCUGAUGAUGCUGGAAGAUAUUUUGCAUCAAAUCAAUAUCCAUCGAAUACAGAUGGUAUAUCAUCAACCGAAGAGAAAGAAUUUAUACUACAAGUAAUAAAAUCCAAUCAAUCACCAGGCAGUCCACAAUGUUCACCAGAAUUUAUUGAACCUCUUAUAGUACAACCAAUGAGCAGUGCUACUAGUGAUCCUUUUAUUGAAAUGACAUGUAUAGUGACAGGCAAUCCUAUACCAAGAUGUUUAUUAUACCGAAAUUCAGUACCUAUCCCAGUGGUUGUAAUGCCUUUUCUCAAAAUCGAACCUAAUGAUCCACUAUCUACAUUGAGUUCUUUAACGCAAAAAUACACUGUCACAACAUCAUUAUUUGAUUUAAACAAAUCAGAUCGAUCAAACAGUUAUACAAGAAAGAUUACACUACGUCUUAAUCGACCAUCCAGUUCAGAAGACAUAGCCACUUAUAGUUGCCGUGCAUGGAAUUGUCAUGGUCGAACUAUUACAUCAACUGUUCUAUCAAUGCAAGAUCACUUCGUUAAAUUCGAUUGUCCCUUAGAAAAACCGAAUAUGAAUGACAAUAUCGAUAUGGUAAAAAUUGAUUUAAUUCAAUCAACAGUAAAUACUUCACAAAAUGUUCGUGAUAAUAGUGAUGCUCUGGUCAAAAAAGAAGGAUCCCCUCUAAUUACCAUAUUAAGCGAUUCACAUGACAGUAUCAGUGAAUUCAAACGAUUUGAACCGAAAUAUUCGAGUUCUGUCAUUGAAAUAUCUCCUGAAAACCAAUCCAUCGAUGUUAAUAUGAAAACCUUUGCUGUGAUAAAAACAACUAUUCAUAAAGAAAAUGAAACAACUGAAUCAUCUAAUAGAAAUAUUUCAGAAAUACUAAUGAAAAAAUCAUACGACAAUGACACCACAUCAAAUAUUUCUUCUGAUACUGAUACCAAAAAUUAUAAUACUGUUAACAUUCCUUCAUCGAAACGACAAAUUAUCAAAAUAUCAGAAUUUACAUCGUUACAUGACGAAACUCAUAUGAUUAAACACAAUUCAGAAGAUAAUAUCACACAACCUAGGCGAAGAAUAUCACUACAAUCACCUGGACCAACAAUUUUUAUUGAUCGACGACAUAGUAAAGGAAAUCGUAGAAGCAGUACAUCUUCAAAUAUUACUGAACUUUAAUAAAUAAUCAAUAGAUUAUGUAAUACAUAACAUUAAUAAGCAUCUAUAAUAUUGAAUUUUUUAUAAUCAUAAUCAUAUGUAUUAUUAUGUAUGGAAAUUUUUUCCUAUUUUUAGCACGAUAUAUAUUACUGAAUUACUUUUAAUGCGUUCAACUUAGAUUCAAUUUGUUUUAUAAAACGCUUCUUUAUUAUUAUUAUUUUGACUGAAUUGAUAUUUCAUGUUUGUUUAUUUGUUUUCCCUAAUUAUCCGUCUUUUCAGUUCAUCAAUAUUUUCUUUAUGAGUUCUAGUACUAAGUUUAAUGUAUAGAAAAAAACAUACUAUAAAUGUAAAAGGAAAGAUUGUUGGAUC